AUGCUUGGUCUACUCGACUUGCCUGUGGACGUCCUCAGGCGGAUCGUUCAGCAGCUUGAACCUAUAAAGCGCAACCAUGUUGAUACUAUCGAAAUUUCGCCAGGUCAGAAGCUCCCCGUGCAUCUUUGGACAUGUAGACAAUGGUGUAGUAUUGCAUUGCAGGUGUACUACGACCAGCUCUCGAGAAGCGGUAAUACAGCGCUGUACCUCGCUGCAAAUCACCUAGCUACAAUCCCGCCGCCCAAUACGCCAGCAAUCCAUUUCCUGUGUAAGAAUUUGCACAGGGUCUCUGUGCGGCUACAAGGCCAACCAUCGCACGAGGUUGCAAUGGAGCCUUUCUUCAAUAACGGAAAUCAUGAUGGACAGGAUCAAGAUGAGGUGACAGAAGAUGACUCCACAGACGGUGACACAUAUUCGGAAUCACCAGUCAUGACUCAAAUGGCCGCAUCGUUCAACCAGACCAAACGGCAAAAGGCCAAAUCGCUCAGCCAGACUCAGUGGCAAAAAGAGAUGGCAGAUGGCCUCGAUACACUGUCUCAAACCAUCUCGAGAUGCUCGGCUCUGAAGGAAAUCUCAUUUCAGGCUUUCCAUGGUUUUGAUGAAGAUCCAGCGCCGCAAUGGAACUAUCUAUAUUACUCAAUUGCAAAAAGGUUCAUGCAGAGUAUGCUAGCUGGCCUUACUCAUCUGAGCUUAGAUCUUGCUGGCACCGAUCUAGUGCCUAGCAAUGGCUCUAAGACCAAGCACCUGUGCCCCGCAAUACGAGACUGUAUCUUUGGUGUGAAGCAUGUCCGGCUUCGUCUACGUCAUAUCUGUCCUUCCAUCUUCGGCGUCCAAGACAUACAGUAUCUGCGCAGACAAGCGGGAGUGGCACAGCCGAGCAAGAAGCGUGGUAAGAAGAAACAAAGCAAUCAAGAGGCACCAAUGACAACGGAGUCAUCAACCGCGCCACCAGUCUCCCCAACCUAUUCUAAAAGCGACGAGAUCCGACUCAAAUCCCUUACAAUCCGCCUCUCUCUACCAUGGUUCGAACAAGAGAGCGAUAAAUCCAUCCUUUUCGACGCCGAACAAUGCCCCGAGUGCGCACCCUUACCCAACGGACAACUCGGUCUCCACAACUACCUAUCUCUCUGCGCCCACUGUUUCCAGCAAAAGCAUUCUAGCAUCGACAACAUCAAGAUUUCAUACCGCCACCGAGAACCAGGACAACUCGGGACUGAUUGCUACGCAAUCGACUGCAUAAAAUGGGAAACCAUAUUCUCCAAUGUGCCAUGCUACGAAGAUGAUGGCGAGACCUGGGAAGAUUGGGAGAACAACAAGGAGAAGCGGUGGGAAAAUGUAGAUGGUUCGGAUCUGGAACUUGAGGAGGAGAGGGUCUCAGAGCCGCUGAUGGAUCCAAAAGAGAUGCUCGACCUCGCCAUGCAGCCGAAGAAGGCGCUACCGAGGGAAUGGUUGCCGCCGCCUUGGAAAUUGCGCAAUGAGGAUGACUGGGAAGAUGAAGAAGACGACAGCGCCGAGGAAGGACUUGCUGCAGGGGGUUGGGAUGGCGAUAUGUCUCCGACGCGCUUGGGCAUUGGAGAUCUGUUAGAUCUGGAGAUGCACGACAUGAUCUUUGGCGAGGAUCACACGCCGUUUUGA